UGAACAAUGGGUUGAUUAUGCUCAAAAACAUUUAAAAUCAAAAGUUUUUGUUGAUAUUCAAAUUUAUAAAUGGAUAUCAACAUCUACCAUCAAUGAUGGACCCUAUCGUCUUCAUGAUGUAUUUGAACGUUCUAAACUUUUAAAUAUUACCUAUUUAGCCAUGUUUGAUUCUAUGAUUAUUCUUCUUGAACCAGAAAAAUUAUUAUCAAAUUUAAUUUUUAAAGAUAAACCAUUAGUUACACCAUUAUUACGUUCAACAAAAGGAAUGUAUACAUCAACAUUUUGGUUAUAUGAUCAUACAAAUGAUUUUGAUCGAUAUAAAAAAAUUUAUUAUCGUGAAAAAUUAGGAUGUUUUCAAAUUAGAGGUGGAAUUAAAGAUUUUUAUUUUUUUAAUUUUCAAUAUUCAAAUGUUAAUGAAACAUUUUUAUAUAAUAAACAAAAUCAUCAACAAAAACAAAUAGCUGGUAUUGAUGAAAUUGCUAGAAAUUAUUCUAUUCCUAUGUAUGUUUGUAAUCGUGAUUUUUAUGGUUAUAUACCUGCACAAUUUCCAGAAGCAAAUUUUGAUGAUACAAUUGUCAACGAUUUAUAUAUAUAUAUGUUAAUUGAACAUCAAUUAAAUGGUCCAAAUCAAACAUAUUUAAAACCAAUUGAAAAAAGUCAUCAUAUUUCAUUAGUUAAACU